GGGACACUUGACUGAUUAAAAUUUACUUCACCUUAAAAUUAGCAAUUACCAAUUGUUUUUGUUCCCAUAAAAGCCUGAAUUCUCUCCCUCUCAUUCCGAUUUCUCGGAUCCAACUUGGAUCCGUCAUCAUCUCCGAGAGAUAUGGCCUCCAUGGAUGACCUUCCAAUCUCUGUAAUGGGAUCUAAUUUCAAGCGAAACAGCCUCGUUGACGAGCCAGUUACUGAUGAGGAAGGCUCCGAUUCGCCAGAAAGCAGAGUCGGCAUUAGCCAUGUGCGUUCUGGCUCGACCACGCCGAGGAAUCGUCAAGCCUCACCGACUCAUUCUCCCCGCCUCGGUCCGAGUCGAUUGGGGAGCUUUGAUCAAUCCUCCGGUGAUGUUCAUCACGCUUCUUCGUUUUCAGGGUUCAAGCUUUUCGGAUUUUCGUCGAAUGAGAGCUUGCACAAACUGAAAGUCGAUAGGCGGGUAAAGAAGAGGGCGGGGAUAGUGUGGUACCAGAGAACGCGAUUCAAAGGAAUUUUGAUUUUGAUUUUGUUGGUCGGGAUGUUUUUCUUGGUGAAUUGGGUCAUGCUUUUGAGAUUACAAGAGCAAGAUGAUAUAAUUGAAGAACAUCAUGAUAACCAGGCCAAUUCCAAUCCUGAACUUCCUGGGAAUGUUUCUUCCCCGAAGAUUUCAGUUCAGGGAAAGCGGAAGGCUGGUAGAAGGAAAUGGCCAAAGGGUAACUAUGGUAGAUUGUUGGCUUUGGCCGCUCAUGCAUUGGCGGAGCAGGGAGAAAAUAAACCUGAGCCGAAGGACUUAUGGCAAGAGCCAUUGCUUGCUUCAUCUGCUUGGAAGCCCUGUGCUGAUCAACGCAAUUGGGAGUCGAGCGUAGAGAGAAAUAAUGGAUACAUUAUGGUUACUGCAAACGGUGGAAUGAAUCAACAGCGAGUAGCUGUUUGCAAUGCUGUUGUUCUGGCACGGCUACUUAAUUCAACUUUGGUUGUUCCCAGAUUUAUGUAUAGUAGCGUUUGGAAAGAUGUGAGUCAAUUCAGCGAUAUCUACCAGGAGGAACAUUUUAUUAACUACAUGACUCCUGACAUCCAUAUAGUGAAAGAACUUCCAGAUAAUUUACGAUCCUUAGAUUUGGAAGCGAUUGGAAGUGUGGUAACGGAUGCUGAUGUUGUUAAAGAGGCCAAGCCAAGUUUUUACUUGAAAAACAUUCUUCCUAUUAUAAAUAAGAAUAAGGUCGUGCAUUUUCUGGGUUUUGGUAAUCGAUUGGCAUUUGAUCCAUUAUCAUUUGAGUUACAGAGACUUCGUUGCAGAUGCAAUUUUCAUGCUCUGAGGUUUGUUCCUAAAAUUCAAGAAACUGGUGCUUUGCUUCUUCAAAGGCUACGUCAACAAGAAAGCUACCCAGGGCCAUUGGAUAAACACCUUGUUGGUCCAUUUGCAAAAUCAACAAUGAAUGGAAACAAAGCUCGCUCUCCGAAAGGUUCCAGAUACCUAUCUCUACAUUUGAGAUUUGAGAUUGAUAUGGUAGCUCAUUCUCUUUGUGAAUUUGGUGGAGGAGAAGAAGAAAGAAAAGAGUUGGAAGCAUAUCGGGCAAUCCAUUUCCCAGCAUUGUCUCUUCUCCAGAAAACCACCAAAUUGCCUUCUCCUGCUGAACUUAGGUCAGAAGGUCUUUGCCCCUUGACACCAGAGGAAGCAGUACUUAUGCUUGCUGCUCUUGGUUUCAAACGCAAGACAAAGAUAUUUGUGGCAGGCUCACAGAUAUAUGGAGGGAGUUCAAGGUUGACUGCUCUCACUAGCUUGUAUCCUAAUUUGGUCACAAAGGAGAAGUUGCUUUCAACAUCAGAGCUUCAACCUUUUAUGAACUUUUCUUCUCAGUUGGCGGCAUUGGACUACAUAGGCUGCACGGCUGCCAAUGCAUUUGCAAUGACAGAUUCUGGGAGUCAGUUGUCGUCUCUUGUAUCCGGUUAUCGGAUAUACUACGGUGGGGGAAGGAUGCCAACGAUUCGACCAAACAAACGAAGGCUUGCAAGCAUAUUUUCAAAGAACAACACUAUAGAAUGGCGAAUUUUUGAGAUAAGAGUUAGGAAAGCAGUUAGGCAAACCAAGCACGUCUUUACAAGGCCCAAAGGAAGGAGUGUUUAUAGGUAUCCACGGUGUAAAGAGUGUAUGUGCUGGACAGGCACCUGAUGCCCAACCAGUGAUGAUAUUGUGACUGAAGGAAGGUUCAGAUCUGCAGGGUGUGGCUGUGGUUCAGAGGCGUUGCACUGUCCUCCAGUGGUAUUUUUUAUGACAGCAGGAUCCCCAGGUAAUGAGCACAAGAAGUUUAUGUAGUCUUCAUAUUCUGUUUCAGGAAGAUGUUAGUUUUCUUUAUGUUUUAGGGUUGGAUUGAGUCUGUUGCCUAAUGUUGAGAACUGAAUCGAUACAUUUAUAAGAACACGGGAAUAAAAAAACAGGUACAAAAUGUUGAAAAAUGGCAAAUAUAACUGACUGGAAUAUCAUCUGGUCGUAAAAACUUAAUCCCAUUUUUUGCUCGACAGGUAGGGUUCAUUCUAAGGUUCCUUAUUCCGGUUGUAAAGUUGAAGAAGCCCUUCUCCCUACCCCUGACCUAUGACCUAUCUUAGGAAAGAGAUAGUAAAAAAAAGAUGCACGAAAGGAAUUGAAAAUGAAAGAAGAAUCUGUGUUCACGAGAUAUGGAGUUGAGUGACUAUCUUGAAUCUUCUCUUCCCCUCCCCUUUUCUUUUUCGUUCUCGUCAAGAAUUGAUUUCUUUUUUGUAUUGUGUAUUAUGAUUGAUCUGUAGUUCAAGGGCACUCUUCCUAAUCUAAGUUUGAGAUGGAAUAAGACCUAGACGUAGAGUCCCAUCUCAUUGCAGGUUGAAAUGGUUUGGUUUGUGUGUUUUCAAGGGCAUGUGUGGAUGCAUUUAGGGAAUAGUGUUUUUAGUCUGUGCCUACCUAAGAGCUAAACUUUGAGACAUCAAGAGUUUAUUAUUACUAAGAUCAACCAAGAAUUUGAACAUGUGACCUUUGGUUAGGCGACACUCGAAGAAUAUCGUUUUUCAGUAAAGUACUUUACUAACGGAGAGUCCCGCGCCCAAAACCAGGUAAAAGUGUUUUCAAGUAGUUUUGAGAUUGUCAAAAAACACAUUUUACCAUGUAGUGAAAAGCUAGUGUGUAUCAUUGGAACUUACCUGCUGGGAAGACCAGUCCUGGAUCCAAAGCGUUGGUCGGUUUGACAAGGCCAGCGCCCAAAUCAAAGGGAGUAGAAGGAUAUAAACGAUGAAUGUUGAAUCCCUCAGCCUGAAUAAGGUCUCCAUUCAUAUCAUACUUUGUGGCAGUUGUUGACAUUGCAGAAGCUAUCAUGGAAGGAGUCCAAGAAGGAUUCUUUUGCUUAAUAAGUGCUGCUAUUCCCACUAUAUGAGGUGCUGCCAUACUUGUUCCAGACAUCAGUGCAAAUUGAUGUACCUGGGAAUCUGAUGCGUUCGGGAUGAGAAUGCCAGGAAGUCCGAAAGGGAUGGGCUCAGCGAUGAAAUCGCCGUAGUUAGGAUUUGCAAUGAGAGCGAACCCGAUGAAUCGGAGUGUCGUUGCAGUGUGGAUGAUGGCUGCGAGGGAGGAGGUGCCAUUGAGGAAUCCUUGAGAGAAAGAGCAGAGGACUAUGCUGUUUUGGACAAGAUUUGGGUCAAAAGCUUCAGGAUAUUGGCACUCUUCACUGGGCAUUGUCCCAUUUUGGUUCAUUGCAUCCUUGGCUAAUACCAGUUUAUGUAGAAAAAAAGUGGGUCCUGAGGAAGAUGAUAGAUGCUUAGAAUAUAGGGGAAAGCCUUUGUUAAGAAAAUUGCUUUGAGAACUAUAAUAGAGAUCCCGUA